ACCCUGAAUAUGUGUCUUUUAAAUUGAUAUUGAUUUUUCUCUAACAUUCAGAGUCGGUCUCAUGCAAAACUUUAUGGACUGUCCGUAUUCUUUGGACGCGGCUAAAAAUUUGGCCGAGCAUCGCGGCAGCGAUUACUUCAGUACUUCAGUUUCUCCGUCUUCCUAUUUCAUAAAACAUUUAUCGCAUUCUGGUGGUUGUGCAGCGUAAGGAGUACCGACACCUGGGAAAUAAAGUGGUGCCAGAACUUAUUUACUGCAGUCAAUUCGGAGGUCAGGAAAGCUCCAAUUAGAAUCGACGAAAACAUUUUUCAUGAUUAAAAUAGAUUUUUAGCACUCUGAUGUAAGAGGGGUGAAGUUUAUCGGCGUAAAUGAUAGUUAUUACCAUGACAGCGGUAAGCAUCUCGAAGCUGAGAGUGUAUGAAUGUGAUGUUGUUUUCCUCCUCGCUGCUCUGCUCUGCUCACCUCGGUGUCCCUCCAGGAGCACGUCAUCCGAGAGGACACCAGAAGUCUGACGCCUCGCCAAUGUGCCGCCAUGGACCUUGUGCUUCCCACAAUCAAGCAAUACUUCCAUGCUGGUGGGAACGGACUGAAGAAAACCUUCCUGGAAAAGAGCCCUGACAUGAAAUCGCUCAAAUACGCUCUCAGCCUUUACACUCAACCUACAGAUGCCUUGAUCAAAAAAUAUAUAUGCACCCAAAACUCUCAAGGUCAGUCAUCCAACGGAUCCGUGGGGGAGGUGUCGAUGCAAGUGACUCUCGUCUCUCACCCUGGCACAGGAGAACACAAAAUCAGCGUUAAGGUGGUUGGAAUAAACAACCUCACGUGGCAGACCAACGCCAUGUUCCGGCCGUUUGUGGAGGUCAACGCCAUUGGUCCACACCUCGCUGACAAGAAGCGCAAAUUUAGCACCAAGACCAAGAACAACAACUGGUCGCCAAAGUACAAUGAAACAUUCCAGUAUAUUCUGAGUAACGAACACGGUCCGGAGGUCUACGAGCUCCACGUCUCGGUGAAGGAUUACUGCUUUGCCCGCGAGGACCGCAUCAUCGGCAUGACGGUCAUCCCGCUCCGGGAGCUGGCGGAAAAGGGCAGCUGCUCGGCCUGCUACCCGCUGGUAAAGAGCAUCACCAUGGACGAAACGGGCCUCACCAUCAUGAGGAUACUCUCUCAAAGGACCAACGACGAGGUGGCCAAAGAGUUUGUGCGUCUCAAGACGGACACCCGAUCAGCGGAGGAAGUGUCAUAGUCCGGAGUAAAUUAGGCAAAAACAAAACAAGAAAACAAAACAAAAAAAAUGCAGUAUUAAGAGUCGUGUCGUCUUCAGAUCGGAUAGAUGCGGGGUGGGGAAUAGAGAGAGCGCAGUCGCGCGGCCGUUGUUUGCGAGAGAUGCCGGAUGCGGCAUCAGAACGAGUUCGUCCAAAGAGAAGGGAAGCGGGCCCACAAAGUGGCAAAGCAGCGAGAGCGAGAGUCGUGUUUGUUUGUUUUUUGUGCAUGUGCGUAAAAACAUCUGUUGGAAUGUUCAUUUUAAAACUAAAAGUAUGUACAAGUGUUUACUUACCGUAUGCUCACUAUUAAGUACUAUAUUCUACGAGUUAUUGUAAUGAGACAUGGAUACCUUUUGUACAACAUUUAGUCUUUUUGAGCAGAGAUUUGUUCCAAUAAAGUGCCAAACCAGUGAAAAAACAAAACAAAACAAAA